AUGGAUAUCCUCAGCGGUAACAGGGAGCUCCAACAACUUCCUUCGACUGAUUCGGUUGGCAGCAGACUACGCGUUCUUGUCGCAGAGGAUGAUCCAAUAAAUGAUAAAGUUGUCAAGAAACGUCUCGAAAUGGCUGGACAUACAGUUUUCUUUACAAGCAAUGGCGAAGCAUGCGUUGACGCAUUUUCAUCGCAAAAGAACGUUUUCGAUGUGAUUUUGAUGGACAUCCAUGUAUAUUGA